AUGUCAAUGUGUGAAGUGCGGACGAAGCCAUGCAGCGUCUUCGUGCCGCGACAGCGUGAAAUGCACCGCGCAGCGCCGAACGGCUCCAGACACUUCUGCCGAGCCAAUGGAAUGCUCCCAAAGCAUAAGAUGCAAAUGCCCAGCCUCUCCGUGCAGCCCACCCCAGCCCAGCUCUGCUUCCCUAACGGCUCCGGGUUCUGCUGGCAUGCUUGGCGGCUCGCGAGCGUUCGCAUGCAAAGUCCCGUCGCCUCGCCACUUGGAGGCAUCGGAGAGGCUCUUCUUUCCGAUGGUGCAGUUGCAGGCCUGUCGGAGCCGGGAUCUCCCGUCUCGCAGGCAUGGUCAAGUGUCCGGCAGAAGCGGCAGGAUUCCCCUUUGAAGAAGCUUGGACUGUCUCCAGACGGCAACUUCCCCGAUGUGGAGAUUAUCGAUGCGUUGCAAAAACGGGGGGCUUGCUUGGGUCCGGCUUUCCAGUGCUUGGAAGUAAACCGCCGCCGCCAGCGGGUCAUGAGUGCAUCUGCCCCCGAUGCAAUUCAGUGGUUGGUUUCGCUCUCUGGUGCACGGUGCAGUUCUCGACACUUGUGCUUGCCUAAGUCUCGCCCGGAGGGAAGCCGCACGGAGCUGGAAGCCAAAGCGUUGGAUCGAAGAACCAAGCCAGCUAGCGGCCAUCCUGAUUGA